UGCUGAGAGAGAGAAAGAAAGAGAGAGAGAGGUGAACAGUACUGUUCUCUCAGUAAAGAUGUGGCUCUGUGUGUUUCUGCUCUACUCUCUGCUGCAGGAAUCUUCAGGCUGCACCGUAGAGCGAGGUAUCGGAGACACCAUCACCAAAUCUGCUGGAGAUUCUGUGGAGCUGCCGUGCUCCUGUACAGAACAAACAAAGGUUGAUCCACAGACAGUUCAGUGGGGAUUUACGAGAAACUUCAUACCAGGUCAGUACAGAGCUGAACACUCAGUGUUUCCAGAGGACGACAGUCAGAAUCUGCGCUACAGAGACAGAGUUCAGAGACUGAAUCAGAAUAAACCAGGAACUGUAGCUCUAAUCAUCUCUCACCUCACUGAGGAAGAUGAAGGAACGUAUCUGUGUGGUAACAAUGGGAAAUAUAACAGAGCCGUCACUCUCCAAAUCUCCACAGGUAAGUCUAACAGAGGAUUAAUUAUGAUUCAUUUUGAUGG